AAGACGACCCCGAGGCAAUGAAAAUAAUUUGUUACGCCAUCCACCACCGUCCUGACAUGAUACCCUUUGUUGAUGUGAAUGGAAAGCAAAUUCUACAGGCUGCCCGUACCAUUGACAAAUACGAUCUGGGUACGGCAAUGCAACUCGUUACCGACAAGUGGCUCCGUCAACAGCUACGAGCCAAAAGCGUCGAGGACCUGCUGUACAUGGCCGCAGCGGCCACGGUGUUGAAGAACUACGAGGCUUUCUCCAAGCUCACCUGGCUUGCCAUGAUCAUCCACGAAGGCAGCUAUCUCCGCUUCCAAAACAAUGAUCAACUUAGGGAGCUGUUCCCUCCAGGAAUGUUCUUCCUACUCUUAGAGCGAACCUUCUUGAUCCGUGGGCGCCUUUCCAAGGCCUGCAUGAAGCAAGGCCAUUGGAUACUUGCAACUGCGGUGACGCCCUUAAGCAUAAAAUAGAGUCGGUGAGAGCCGACUGCGGUGUUGCCAGCAGUACCAAUAUCUCGAUCCUGAAAGCAUUGAGGGGCAUGGUUGAGGUUGCCAGUGCGCAAGAUGCUCUCCGGAGGAGACCCUGCUCAGCUAACAUCAUUCGCCACUCAUGUCGCGAUCUUCGUACCAUGCUUCCGGACUGGACUGAGAGCGAAACCAGUCUCUGCCUUCGAUGCCUACAGAACGACCCGAACAUGGAGAAGGCGUGCAACCAUAAAAAGAAACCUUUCUACAGGGAACAUCGCGAGUUAGAGCUAUUAUAUCUGUAUUGACAUCAACAGUGGACGGGAUGUCGGUUUCGCUUCAGAUAAAUAGCACUUGGAUGUAACUCCGAAGGAUUGGUAGCCUUGGAGAUGACAGAGAUAUGCAAGGGAGAACCUGCCCACCCUAUGAUUUCCUACACGUAUCCUAGAGACUUCGCAAUUUUCAUCAAAAUUUUU